GUUAGUGAUGGACAGGGAGGCCUGGUGUGCUGCAGUUCAUGGGGUCGCAAAGAGUCAACACGACUGAGCAACUGAACUGACUGACUGACUAACAAAUCUAUGUCUGUGAAGUAAACCGAAGCAAUUCCAGGUCUCACCAAAGGAUCACUGCCCUUCAUUGAUUGGUGCCCAGUGAUGGAAAGGAAUUUUUUUCUGCACGUUUUAUUUAACCUUUUUGAUUCAGGCAAGAAAAUAAAUCUGGUCCAUGUUAUUUUGACAUUUUGACAGGGAAAGAAGAUUGUGGAGUAGAUUGUCUAAGUUAAAAGCACUUUGCAUUUUAUACAUCUAAAACUCUUGUGAACUUGACUUAUCUUGUUGCAGCUCACGUACUGGAUGUGAGUUUACUGCUUUCACUUCUCACUUCCUGUUUUUGCAACUACUUAUGAAACAGUGCCAUAUGCUUUUAAUUAAAUAGAGACAUUACUGUGACGGAGACUUUGAAAAUGUUUCAGAGAGACUCUAUCUCCAAAGAAAACAUGGAAGAGGGGCGAUCUGGUAAAUUACUUGGAAUUCUUUAUCUGCCAAGCCAAUUGGGACGAAUACUCCAAAGGAUAUGCCUACCAAUUAUAUCUUUUGUAACUUCUGCCAAGUUUUAUUGUUUCAUCUUCAUUGCAUCCCUAGCUGCAAAUCUAAUGCUAUUUUAUUCUCUUUUCCCAGUGAGAAGGAGAGAGCUGGACUCACAUGUUCCAUAUGUUCCCUGCUCAAAAGGAUGGAUAGGAUUUGGAAGUAAAUGUUUUUAUUUUUCGGAAGACACAAGGAACUGGACAUUCAGUCAGACAUUCUGUACUUCACUGGAAGCUGUCCUUGCUCAGUUUGAAACUAAGGAUGAGCUGAACUUCCUGAUAAGAUACAAAGGCCAUUCUGACCAUUGGAUUGGCCUUAGUAGAGAAUCAUCACAUCAUGUUUGGAAAUGGACAGACAACUCUAAAUAUAAUGCCUCGUUUGCCAUCACAGGAGAUGCAACAUGUGGCUAUCUGAAUGACCUUGGAGUUAGCAGUGCCAGGCGUUAUACAGAUAGAAAAUGGAUUUGCAGCAAACAAAUAAUGUCUCCAUGUCCUUAAAUUCUUCAAGUCCUUUUUAGGGAAUUUCACACACCAUCUCAAAGAGAUGCAUUAUAAAUUAUGCACAGUUGCUGCUUUAUUGCUUGCUCUUCCAAAAAUAUCACCAAUAUUCGUUUAUAGUGUUGUUAACAGCAAGGAGACAAGCCAUACUUGAAUGAUACAGGGAUUUGGAAGAGCAUGAUUCUAAAUUAAGUAUUAUAUAAUAUGAGUUGAUAUUUAUGUUUUGAACCCAGUCAAUAUGAAUAAAUGCCUCUUUCUAUAUACAGACAGCACUUUCUUUGCACACAUGGAACUAUAAAAAUAAGUAUGAUAACUGAAGCCAUGCAAAAUGAGUUUAAUCACUGAUGUUAUUAAUUGGUUAACACAGUUGAAAUUCUCUUACCAUUAGUUACAAAUGUAUGGGGAAAAUUGUUUUGGACUUCCCUGGUGGCACGGUGGAUAAGCAUCUGCCUGCGAAUUCAAGGAACAUGGGUUCAAUCGCUGGUCCAGGAUUAUUUCACAUGCCAUGGAACAGCUAAGCCCAUGUGCCACAAUACUGAGCCUGGAUUACAGAGUCCAUGAGCAGCAACUAUUGUAGCCCAAGUGCCCAAGAAUCUGUCCUCCGCAACAUGAGAAGGUACUACGAUGAGAAGCCCGUGCUUCUCAGUGAAGAGUAGCCGCCACUCUCUGCAACUAGAGAAAGUGCAAAACAAAGAAGACCCAGUGCAGCCAAAGAUUAACUCAUUCAUUAAAUGUUUUGUUUUAAAAAGACACAUAUAUAGGGAAAUUUUUAAAACUCCCAAGACUAGGGACUUACCUGGUUGUCCAGUGGUUAAGACUCUGCUCCCAAUGCAGGAGGUCUGGGUUCAAUCCCUGAUCAGGGAACUAGCUUCCUGCAUGCUUAAACUAUAAGAUUCCCCAGGCUUGUCUGAGCCAAAAGUUCCCACUUGCAGCAACUAAAAAUUCCACAUGCUCUAUAACAAAGUGAAUCAGCUGUACAGCAUGUGAAAUCUUUGGUUGAUGCAUGUGAGAUUUUACUCCAAUUAAAAGAACAAAAUCUUACCACAAAAAGCAGGAAAAGAAAAAAAAAAGAAAGGCAUCACAGAAGCUGGCAAGGAAAAAAAAACAAACAGGAUUCCACAUACCACAACCCAUAUAGAAGAUUCCUCAUGCUGCCAGUAAGAUCCAAGCAGCCCCGCCAAAAAAGUUUACUAAGCAUAAUAUUUAUUAUAGACUCUAUAUUUUAAAACAUUAGAAACACUGAAAAAAUUCUUUGUACACUUUAAUUCUUGGUGUUUAUGUUAUAAGUUACAGUGUGCUAAAUUAAUGUUAUCCCCAUAAAUCAAUAUUUUGGUUUUGGUAUUUUAUAUAUCAAUCUUUUGUUUACCCUUUAUUCCACUCUAAUUAAAUCACAAAUAGUUACUUCUACCCAUUAGCCAUGUGAUACCCAAUCUCAGAAUAUAUGAUUGAGUUUGAUAAACAAAAUGUUUUAAAUUUUUACAGCAUUAACUACACUGUACUCAUGAGUAUACAAAAGUAGAAAAUAGUAACUUAUAACAUAUCCUCUCUACCUACCUCCAUUUCUCUUUGACUCCUUAUCCCCUUGUUUUAAUUUGUUUUCAAUAUCUGUGACACUAUUUCUGUUUUAUAAGUUCAUUUGUAGCCUUUUUUUUUUUUAGAUUCUACAUGUAAGUGAAAUCAUAUGAUAUUUGUCUUCCUUGUUAGUUUCUUAGUGUAAUUUUAUGCAAUCUUGUAUAUAUUAAUUUUCCAUAUAUGUAUAAAUAUUAUAUGUUUAGGGGCUUCCCUGAUGGCUCAGUGGUAAAGAGCUGCCUGCAAUGCAGGGGACCUGAGUUGCAUCCCUGGGUUGGGACGAUCCCCUGAGGAAGGAAAUGGCUACCCCUUCCGGUCUUCUUGCCUGUGAAAUCCCAUGGAUGGAAGAGACUGGCAGGCUACAGGUCUCAAAGAGUCAGACACAACAUAGUGGCUAAACAACAACAUAAUCAAAUGAACCAAUUCUUCAAAGUAAAUCUUCCACACAUUCUGUUAGUUCUGUUUUCCUGAAGAACCCCGACUGUCAUAAGAAAUUAAUUCCUUACAAAGCAAACUUUGACUGAAGGGGACAGGGGACAGGAAGAAUGCAAGAUGCAUUCUGUCUAUUUCCUUUGCUUCCUUGGCUGGACAAUUUGGAAGCACAAAUGCUUGACAGGUUCACAGGAGGCAUCAGAAAGAAUGAACAGUCUGCUCAGCUUU